CCUUGACUGUUCUUCUCGUAGUUAUAUAAGCUGAGGUUCAAGGCUCUGUUAGUUCAUUGCUUGCUGCUUGCUUGCGUGUGGGACUCAUACUACGGAAUAGAGCCUCGUCAUGAAGUGGCUGUCGAUCGCCCUGACCCUUGCCGUGGUCGUCUCGUGCCUGGUGACCUGGACCGCCGCCAUGCCUGACCCUUCCCCCGUGGCUGACCCCAACCCGGAAGCCAACCCUGACCCCUUCUUCUUCGGAGGUCGUGGAUUCGGAUUCGGAAGAGGAUUCGGUUUUGGAAGAGGAUUCGGGGGGCGUGGCUUCGGGAGGCGUGGCUUCGGGAGGCGUGGCUACGGGUGGCUUUCUUCGGCAGAGGUUUUGGCAGAGGAUUUGGGUUUUUCGGCUGAAGUUUUCCUCGAGUCGUGUCUUCUAUUAAUGUAUUUGCACUUUCUUACCGUAAAUAAAUAUGAAUAAUGCUAUAC